UUGUUUAUUGCUAUUUUGCAUGGAAGAUUUUCCAAUAGAUUGUAAUGCACGAUUCAAUUAUUUUAAAUUUAUUGUUGAAUCAUGCUUGCAAUGCUAAUAUUUUAUCGAAGAUAAUAAUUAGUGAAUAUGUGUAAACAAAACUUGUAUGGAAUGCUUGUAUAAGAUUUUUGGGAAUUCUCAUAAUUGUGCCAUUUUCAGCUACAUACGUAAUGUUUUUGUUCUGGAACCGGUCAUCUUCUCGAAAUGUCAAUCCUGCUGCACAACGUACACGCGAAGCUCUUGGUGAAGAUUUUGUGAGGAAACUAGACGCAUUGCAUGACGAUGCUUUGCGCACGGGUCUAGUAACUACUUUGGAUUUACAGGAGGCGUUUAGGAAAUCUCGCGACGCCGACCAUAAUCCGAAUAGAAUUAAUUUAUGGUAUGUUUUGGGAAUUCUGGCCUUCAUAAUGAUCGUGACGCCUAUAUUUUAUGAGUUAAUUACAUUCCUAUUGGGAGUGCGUUGCUUUCUGCCCAAUAACUAUAUUGUGUGGGAGGCAACGCGGCCCAUAAGUGAUUGCGGGUUCUGCAGAGAUGUUUCAGGACCAAAGAUUUUACAAAAUCUGACACGUGAAGAGUUCGCACCUUUUGCCUAUUCAUCGCAACCAAUUAUAAUAAAAAAUGCAGUUGCACAUUGGACAGCAAAGAAAAUAUUAAAUUUUGAGUUUCUUAAAGAUUUAUAUGAACGUAUCCCCGGCGCCAUCGAUGAAGAAUGUCCUUUUCUGCAUUUUCGCUCGGACCUUAAAUCCGUACGUGAUGUGCUUGCGAUGUCUAGUGCACGUUCCAAUCUAACUGCGGGGCAAACACCAUGGUACGUUGGCUGGAGCAAUUGCCAUCCAAUAGUUUUAGAAGAACUACGUAAACUUUAUCCCCGUCCCCAUUUUUUGCCCGUCGACGCAGAGAUGCCUAACACUGACUAUAUUUUUAUCGGUUAUGAGCAAGGCGAUUUUAUGCAUUUGGAUUAUAUUCCGCGACUUAUGUGGCAAGCUCAGCUUCAAGGUAACAAAAGCUGGAUUGUGGCACCCACACCGGAAUGUGAUCACGUAUGCCAAUCGUUUUCCUUUUAUGUGGAACCCGGGGAUGCAGUGUUGGUCGACACAAGAAUUUGGUAUCACGGAAGUUCUAUACCCAAUAAGGGGCAAUUUGCGCUCACUAUCCAGUCGGAGUAUGGUUGAUAAGUAAAUAAUUCAUAAUCAACAUUUAUAUUUUUAGAGUCGAAUGAAUUUAAUAUAACAAAAUAAGAAUACACAAUUCAAUAUGAAAUAUAUUUUAUCAAAACAGUAAA